AUGACAUGUUAUUUUUCCACGACGGAGGGCGAUGCUAGCGUUUCAAUUACUGUCAUAACACAUUGAAGCGAGAGACACUAGCAGCUGUAUGAGUCUGAGUUUUAAAGUAUAGUCGAUGACAGCGGUGGAUUUUACACGCUACUGUCCGCUUCAAUUACCCAGAAUGCCUCGCUUGUUUCCGUCUGGCGAAGCAGUGACAGUGUAGAAUAGACUCAGCCAGCUAACAAGAGACAUUUGACAUUCAUGAAGUUCUCGUUACUAUGCAUUCGUGUUGGAUGAAAUAAGGCAAAGAGGGUGCGAAAAUAUCAGGGGAAGGGCAAUUUUUUGUUGUUGUUGUCAAUACGCCAGCAAUGCCUCUCUUCGCGACCAACCCAUUUGACCAAGAUGUUGAGAAAGCGACCAGUGAGAUGAACACAGCUGAGGACUGGGGCCUCAUUCUGGACAUAUGUGAUAAGAUAGGACAGUCACGCACUGGUCCAAAAGAAUGUCUCCGCUCGAUAAUGAGAAGAGUGAACCACAAGGAUCCCCAUGUGGCCAUGCAGGCACUGACUCUCCUUGGUGCCUGUGUCUCAAACUGUGGGAAGAUAUUCCACUUGGAGGUUUGCUCCAGAGAGUUUGCCAGUGAAGUCAGUAAUGUCUUAAACAAGGGCCAUCCCAAAGUGUGUGAGAAGCUGAAAGCACUGAUGGUGGAGUGGGCAGAGGACUUCCGCAACGACCCCCAGCUUAGUCUGAUUUCAGCUAUGAUCAAGAAUCUACGUGAACAGGGGGUCACAUUUCCAGCCGUUGGAUCCCAGGCUGCAGAGCAAGCAAAAGCAAGCCCUGCUUUAGUUGCAAAGGAUCCCUCCACCUCAACAAACAAAAAAGAAGAAGAAGACUUGGCUAAGGCCAUUGAGCUGUCACUGAAGGAGCAACGCCAGCAUCCACAGACCUCCCUGUCGAGCCUUUACCCAAGCACCUCCAGCCUACUCUCCUCACACAAGUCUGAUGGCAGGAAGGUCCGCGCCAUCUAUGACUUUGAGGCAGCCGAGGACAACGAGCUUACCUUCAAGUCAGGAGAAAUCAUCACGAUCUUAGACGACAGUGACCCCAACUGGUGGAAAGGGGAAACAUACCAGGGAAUAGGGUUGUUUCCAUCCAACUUUGUCACAGCUGACCUCACUGCAGAGCCUGAGAUGAUGAAGACAGAGAAGAAGACAGUACAGUUCAGUGAGGACAUCCAGGUGGAGACCAUAGAGCCUGAGCAAGAGCCUGUUUUUAUAGACGAGGACAAAAUGGACCAGCUACUUCAGAUGAUCCAGAGUGCAGACCCAACAGACAACCAGUCGGACAGCGUGGAGUUGCUUCAGUUGGAAGGUGCCUGCAAUCAGAUGGGGCCCCUCAUUGACCAGAAGUUGGAGGAUAUAGACAGGAAGCACUCAGAGUUGUCAGACCUAAAUGUGAAGGUGAUGGAAGCUCUGUCUCUGUAUGCUAAGCUAAUGAAUGAAGAUCCUGUCUACGCCAUGUAUGCCAAGCUGCAGAGCCAACAGUACUACAUGCAGCAGCCGGCCAACGCAGCUCAACAGGUGUACCAUGGUCAGCCUGCAUCAGGUUCUUACGCCAUGAGUGGCACCGCGGUGCAGGGUUACACCGUUCCAAUAGAACAACUUCCAGCUGGAACCCCCAUACCUGGUCAGCCAGCCCCUAGUGACGUUCAUAUGUACAUGGGCCAGCCGCCAGUCUACACAGCAGCUCCAGGUAGCAUGGCCCCAGCAGAAGUACAGUCCUAUCAGAACCAAGCACCAGGCACGACUCCCGCAGGCAUGACGCAGACGUCAAACUACAGCACCCCCUCUGGGCCCAGCAUAGCACCUUCCUCAGACGCCUCCCAGGCCCCUUACUCAGAGAAAGCCUUGCUAUAGGGCCUGCUAAGCUCACUGGAAUCCUCACGCAUACACACACACAUACAUGCAUCAGACCUUAUCAAACCGUGGUCAUGGAUCAUUUCUUUUAUUAUCAUUUCAUAAUGAGGUUUAUCAUAAGACUUCAGAUGGAUGGAAAAAAAAAACUAAAUAGAGAACUAACUUAAAAUUUGUCACCCUAAAAUAUUCAAAUAAAUAGACGGUCUCAAUCCAGGUUAAGACGUGAUCAUGACGGUUUAAACAGCUUUCACCAAGCACCACAAGCUCUGUAUGUGUUCUUUUCUUUAGGGAUUUAUUUAUUUCAUUAAUUAAUAUUCCAUAUGUUUAUUCUUCUUCCUCUUCCUUAUAUCUAUACAAGACACAGAUAUCUAGACAUGCAGGAGCUUUAAUUACACUUAAGAUUUGGUCAUCAUUAAAAUCUGAUCACUUCUUAAUCUAAAUCUGAUGCCAAUAAAAUGUCUAUUUAGAUGUUUAAGACCUGACAUUCAUUGUCACUUUAAUAUGAUUGGAUUUAAAAACAGAUGUGGUAAUGCUUUAUUUAAUGGCUCAGUGAUUUGGGAAAUAAAACCCAGGAACUUUAAUGGAAAGAAUCGUAUAAUCUGAUACCAAUUUAAGGGGAAAGAACUACUCGUUAGAUGAUGGUUCAUCUCGUAAGCAUUUGUUGAUUUCUACAGUAAUGUCUUUAAAACAGCGGCUCUUUUUAAACCCAAGUUAAUAUUUCGUCCUUUGUCAUUUAUGAUUAGAAACCCUAAAAAUUCAAACUUGUUAUAUUUUUCUGAUGCUAGUCAGGUCUAUUUUAAGUCUACACUAGUAGCUAAUUUUAUUCAUGAAUUAGACAUGCAUUGAAUUUACAGUAUUAAACGUGAAAUUGGUAUCACAUUAAAAAGUUAUUUUAUGUAAAGUUCACCAGGAAGUAUUUGAAAAAUGACGGCUCUAAUGAAUAAGGUGUUACCAAAAUUGGCUGCCAUCAACCUCAAAGCAAAAUAUGUAUGCAAUGACUGUGAUCUUACUCCAGGCAGGUGUACAGCGGUGCACACAAACACAAGUUGCACAAGUUAGUUCACACAUCAUCAGCAGUGUGUUGUACUAAACUUUCACUCGCACACUAACUCCAGUAGAAAUCCACAACAUGUCUCAGCCUUUACACCAACUAAAAGCAACCACAGUGCUUAUCAUGUCACACUAAAAAGGGUCACAAGUUCACAUUUAUAUAUAUUUUUUUCUUUUAAUUAAAAAAAAAAAAGAGGACUUUUAGCUAUGCUGAAAACGUUAGGCUACUGCAUUCUGUAUAUGUCGUCGACUUUUAGAAGUACUGAAAACUGAAGCCACUUUGUUUAUUUUGGAGGGAAACCAGAGGUGUAAAAGCAUGCACAUGACUCUUGUAUAUACUGUAAUGAACUAGUAGUGUAGCCACAUGAUGACCUCAUGGGUGGGGCCGUUGUUAGCACAGCUCUGCGUGUUCCUCUCAGCCUUAAAGGUGAACUCUGCUGCAGGUGUUACUUUCUUUCUUUCCCGGUGUAAAAGCCAAAGAGAACAAAGUGGGGAAAAAACACACGACAGAAAAUAUUUUUUUUUAAGUCUUCUUUUUCUUUCCUUCCUUUUGUUGUACAAUGAUUGACUCCUCCUUUCAUGCUGCAGAGUUUUCCUUUUCAGACUGAGCUGUGUCUCCAUUCACGGGCUGUACUAACACACUCGCUCCACACGCUUGGCUACUGAAGGGGGGGGAACUCUGUGAACCGCCCCAGUGUCUUUGAAGCAUCUCUUUAGUCAGUGUUGAGAAUUGAAUACAAUGUUUUUUUGUAGUGCAUUUUAAUUUAUGUUUCGAUUAUUGUUAUGCUAUUUUAAAUGGAGAAGCAGUGCAGGAUGUACAUAUUCAGAGAAAAGCGGAAUAUGUGAUGUUCUGCCUGACUUAGUUGUAUAUUUAAAUCACAUGAGAACAUGGACUCACUCUUCUCUCUGUGUUUGAUACAUGCUUAUUGUACUGUAGGGUCAAAUGGUGAUGUGAAAAACAGAUCACACCUACCCCCCCCCCUCCUCCUCCCCCCUGCAUUUCAAUCCUGUCCUUCUCUCAGAGCUGUCUUAACACUAAAACAAAUUCUACCUGAAGAAGAUCAGAAGUACGGUUUCUGGAGAAGUACAGUCUGGAUUUUUUAAAUAACUCAAAUUCUCUCGAAGUUCAGUUACAGAGACACGUCAAAAGGCAUGAAAGAUCAAAUGUUGUUCAAGCACAUGUCUCUUACCUUACAUUUUACUACGCACUACCUGUUUAUACGUUUUGGGGGAGAACUUAAUGCUUAUCAAUAAUGAUCGGAUUUCAAAAAGUUGGUGAAAAAGCGAAUAUAUUUAUGUUGUUGUAUUAUGUUGAAUGAUGCCACAUGAAGGAAUUAUGACGCCGUUUUAAGUCACUAGGUUUUCCAAUUGCAGGGCAGAUUGGUGUGUUGAUCUGACUGUAAAUUUGUGUCCUUUCAAAAACUCAUGAAGUCCUUUGUUUGAAAUGUGCUACACCUUAUGAUCCCUUAGCCACCUUGAGUUUAUAGAAAACAACCUAAAAAAAGUUCACCUGGGACUUUGAGAAGAAGAGGCCGUUGUAUUCUCCAGAACUGGAUUCAAGCAUUAAUAUAGUUUAUUCAAAGACAUGAAGUCCUUUCUGCAGCCUUUGAAUACGAUCGAGGGUGAAGAAGUGUUAAUCAUUUUUGGAUGGAUGAGGGCUGAAAAUAUAAAAUAUAUAAAUAGUAGCAGCUAUUCUGGGACCAGGGAACCAGGAGCCAGUUAAUCAUCACACAUCUUCCUGAUGUGUUGGAGCCCAGAUGUAACUUUAUUGCACAGGAUUGAGAUGCUGCCUGUUUUUAAGUUUUAAUCCAACAUCUUUAUUGUAAAAGUCUCAAACUUGUACCCUGCUGUUUGUAUGUAUUCUUUUAACCAUACUUAUUAAUUGAUAUUCACAAUAAAACCAGGCCAAAUGUACAGAAUAAUAUGGAAGGCA